CCAGCUUGUUGUGUGCAUUGCCCCAAGCGGCUGGCACACGCUGCUGCCUUUCUGGACCACUCCCCAAAUCUCAAUUUCACUUGGCUGCCCGGUAAACCCGCGUCUGUUCUGGCUGGCGAGGGGGCUCGAUCACAUGCCAGUGCCCGCAGUGAGCUCUGCGGCUGCUCCAGCCAUGGCCCACCCAGUAAUCACCCGGGCCUUCGGCGGCCCCCUGCGGCUGGCCCCAAGCCCCAGGCGGCCCCGCAGCAGGCCGCACGGCUGCACGCCCGUGCUGGCCACCGCCAGCUUUGAGGAGCUGCGCACGGCGGCGUCCGAGGCGGUGGCGUCGGCCCAGUCCAAGCUGCCGCUGCUGGAGCAGGCCAAGACCACGGCGGAGCGGGCCAAGGACCCGGCGGCGGACGCGGAGCGUGUGUGGCAGGAGGCGCACGCGCGGCUGACCAGGCUGCAGCAGGAGGCCAACAGCACCAUCAAGCAGCUGCGGGAGGACGUGACGGCGGCGGCGGGCGGCGAGGAGGGCGCCACCGCCGCCCUGCUGGAGCGCCACGUGUCGGAGCGGCUGGAGCACUACCGCGUCAACCACAACCUGGUGGCAUCCAACGACUGGAAGGUGUACGCGCCUCGCGACCUGCCGCUGUCGUCCAUCCCCGGCGGGCGCAUGAUGUACCAGCUGGCGGCGGCCGAGGUGGAGGGCGCCAAGUAUGCGGUGGUGGCUCUGGGCAUUGCCAACCCCUUCCUCUUUGACAACCUGCGCAGCCUGCUGCUGCACUGGGGCUGCACCGAGGGCGCGCACGCGGGCUGGUCGCAGCCGCCAAAGGGAUGGCACACCUCGCCGGGCGUCAGCACGCCCGCCGGCAGCCUGGCCUGGGAGACUGUGCUGGGUGCCUUUGCGCCGGUGAUGCAGGGAGAGCCUGUCAUCGACUCUGCCGCCUACUCGGUGGUACUGCAGGUCCCGCUGGAAGGCUCCCUGGAGCUGCGGGGCGGCAUCAAGGCUGUGCUGAAGCGGACCGACGGAGGGCAGCCGGAGUGGAUCAAGGCGGGACAGCACAACAAUGGCGACUUCUUCCUCGACUUCCAGCCGGUGAUCAACCACUUUGAGCGGCGGCGGCGCGAGGCGCAGGCGGCGGCGCUGGUGCAGGCGCGCUCCGCGGCGCUGGCCCGCGGCGACCUGUGGGAGGAGGAUGAAGACGAGGAGGAGGAGGAGGAGGAGGCGGUUGACGCGGCGGUGGACGCAAAGGGCGCCGACAAGCUGGCAGCGCGCGACAGCGCAGACGCGCCCAGUGCCGCCAAGGCCAAGGGCAAGGUGGUUGCCGGCAGGAAGGUCCCCGCCAAGGCCAAGAAGAAGAAAGCCAAGGAGGAGCUGCCGCCGCUUCCAGAGGAGGAGCCCGCCUAUGUGCCCAAGCUGCCAGAGUGGGUCGGCCGUGUGCAGCAGUUUGUGCAGCUGAGCGACCUUCCGCAGGACCGCACCCUGGCGCUGCACCUCAAGUGCCUCAACAGCCUGGCCACCGCCAUCGCCGAGGAGGGGGGGCCCCACGGCAUGGAGGCUCGCGUUCUGCUGCAGCGGUGCCGCGAGGCCGAGGACCUGCUGCACCAGCACGACCUUGCUGAGCUGUCCAGCCGCGCGGCGCAGCAGGAGAAGGAGCAGCUGCAGGCGAUCUACAAGAGCGCCAGCGACGAGAGCAGUCACCUGAUGCUGGAGCUGACCAGCGCGGCGGAGGCCGCGCGCCGCACCGCCGUCAAGCUGCGCGGCCGCGAGACGGAGGUGACCCAGCGCGACCUGGAGGCCGUGGCGCAGCAGACGGCGCAGGAGCUGCUGAAGAAGAACAUCAAGGGUGUGUGGCCCUUCAAGGAGGACCGCCAGCUGGUGUUUGUUCAGCAAAAGGUGAUGGAGGUGGCGGGCAUGGAUGCGGCGGUGGUGGUGCAGGUGUACGUGGAGGGGACCAAGGAGGCAGUCAAGGCGGCCACGGCGCCGCCGCCCGCAAACGGCGCCGCCAAGAACGGCGCCGCCGCGGGCUCGGCAGAGGUGGACGCCACCUUGGUGGCCGCCACGAUGGGCAGCGACUCCACCGCGCCGGCCACCUUUGUGCUGAAGACGUCCGACGGCAAGUGGCGGUCGUGGAAGCAGGGCCACGGCGCCAGCUGCAACUUCUACGCCGAGCUGCCGCUGCCCAUGCCCUGA